AUGUCGGUUCAACCUAAAGAUCUAUCUCAUCACCUUUCGGUGGAAUCCGCUUCUCGUAAACCUUCUCCUUUAAAGGCAAUUGCAGGCGCCGUGAGCAAGAAGGGAAUCAAUGUGAUUUCUUUAGCCGGAGGACUUCCUAAUCCUCAAUACUUCCCCUUCCGUGAAAUGGGUGCAGAAAUCCCAUCCAUCGGUUCUUGGGUUCGUGGUGCUGAGAAUGAAGGCAAGUUAUCCAAUGUCUCUGUUUCCAUGGAUUCUGAGAAUCAAGAUGACUUACCCCUUUCUGUCGCUUUGCAGUACGGAAAAGGUGCUGGUUGUGCUCCAUUGUCAAAAUUUUUGAAGGAACAUACUCAAUUGAUUCACUCUCCUCCUUAUAAGGACUGGGACAUUUUGCUUACUACUGGUAAUACCCAAGCUUUGGACAUGUGUUUGCGUAUGUUAUUGAACAGAGGAGACAGUAUCCUUGUGGAGAAAUACACCUUUCCCUCCGCUCUUCAAGCUAUGCGUCCCAUGGACUUGAACAUUGUCUCAGUUGACAUGGACCAGAAUGGCAUGUUGCCCGAAUCCUUGGAACAGAUUCUAAUUAAUUGGAAAGAUGGAAACAAGCCUCGCGUCUUGUAUACCAUUCCUAGCGGACAAAACCCCACUGGUAGUACCUUGUCUGUGGAACGUAAGGAGAAAAUCUACGCCCUUGCUCAACAACAUGACUUUAUCAUUAUUGAGGACGAACCGUACUAUUAUCUUCAAAUGGAUGAAUACCAACAUAAACCUGAAGCCGUUGAUCCCAAGUUCACUAAUGAAGAGUUCGUUAAGAAUUUAAUUACCUCUUUCUUGCACUUCGAUGUCGAUGGCCGUGUCAUUCGCAUGGACUCUCUUUCAAAGGUUGUUGCUCCUGGUUCUCGUGUUGGUUGGGUCACUGCUCAACCUAUGUUCAUUGAGCGUAGUCUCCGCUAUACCGAAACUGCUUCUCAAAACGCUUCUGGUAUCUCUCAGGCCCUUUUGCAAGCCUUGUUCCAAACCUGGGGACAUGAUGGAUACCUCGCAUGGCUAAAGAACAUUCGUUUUUCUUAUACAGAACGUCGUAAUGCUUUACUUUAUGCUAUGGAGAAGCACCUUCCCAAGUCUAUUUGUUCUUACAUUGCCCCUGAAGCCGGCAUGUUCAUUUGGUUUGAGGUGGACAAGUCAGCAUAUAAGUUUGCCGAUCAAGGCAAAAGCAUUGCUGAAAUUGAAUCAGAGAUACAUGAUGAAGCUAUUCAAGAUGGUGCCAAUGUUGCUUGCGGCAAUUGGUUCGUUGUUGAUUCUUCAAUUAACGACAAGAUCUUUUUCCGUGUUACUUUUGCUUACGCUGAACUUUCUGAGUUUGAAAUUGCUAUAGAACGUUUUGCUAAUGUUUUGAAGAAGUUCUUCAAUUUUUAA